AUGGAUAAAGUGCAUAAAGUCUUUGCGAAGCGUAUCUUUACAACUUCUAUUCGCAAAUAUCCUUCCGAAAUGCUCAAAUAUCUUGCUGCUCCAUUAUCAACGACCGUUCUUGCAAACAUGGAUCGAAUUCAUAGCUCACCUGAAGGUUUGAUAGCAUUUUUCUGGGGGAACAUUGGCCUCGUCACAGUGGCUUUCCUCAUCAAAUUGAUAUUGCGAUGGAGGAAACCAUACACCCCCAUCAACCUCUCCCAGCCCACGUCUUUCGACCUAGAAAAGAUAACGCCUUACCCUAGCGAGCAGAUUAAGGGGUUCGAGAAGCACCGAAUAAGGAUGAGUCUCAAGAAGAUGGACCAGACAAAUUGGUUGACUGUUGACAAGAACUAUGCACCAUUGCAUGAAAUUCGCCUUGGUCUUCUUGAGACUCAGAGGGAAAAAAUGGUCCAAUGCUUGCCCGAGGCUCGAGAGGCUUGUCAGGAGGCGUUACAGGAGGUAUCUGACUUCCUCUGUAGGAGGUAUCCGGCAAUGUUCGAGACAUACAUGUCCAACUCCGGGCCAAAGGUUAGAAACAAGCAGAACGGGGAAGUAUAUUGCCUUGAUGGAAGAGAUGACUCGAUAUCGCCUCUUGAAGUCGCAGCGCGAUUAGGCAUGGAUGAUCUUACCAUAAUCUUGAAAAACGAAGAUGGAAUGCACUAUAUGGCGGCAACUGCUAGCUGCUUCCAAAUCGGCUGGUCUGCAAAUGAACGGGUAGGGGAGACUAUCGCUCAAAUGCACAAUCCCGUGCCACAGUGGGAAAAGGAGAUCGGAUAUGCUGUUAACAAGUGCGUGCCCCAAGGAUAA